AUGGCGGCGGCCCGGGAAGGCCUGGGGAGCGGCAAGAAGCUGGUGGACUUGUUCUACGACGUGGUGUCGCCUUACUCCUGGCUCGGCUUGGAGGUUCUGUGCCGGUAUCGGCCCAUCUGGAACAUUGAGCUGCGUUUGCGGCCCGCAUUCCUUGGGGGAAUCAUGAAGGAAGCAAGUAACCAGCCGCCGGCAAUGGUUCCCAAAAGAGGCCAGUACAUGAUGAAGGACAUCCCGCGGAUGGCAAAGUACUACGAAGUGCCGCUGAAAAUGCCAAAGGAUUUCUUUCAGAGCGUUAUCAAAAAGGGCAGUCUACCCGCCAUGCGCUUUGUUACUGCCGUGGAUAUAGCGCAGCCUCAGUUCCUGGAGUCGGUGUCUCGAGAACUUUGGAUGCGCAUUUGGUGUCGAGAUGAAGACAUCCUCGAACCGGAGAGUAUUUUGGCAGCGGCAGAGCGAGCAGGUGUACCCUCGGACCAAGCCAAGAAGCUCCUGGAAAUGAGCACCUCACCUGAGGUGAAGAAUCGCCUGAGAACCACCACUGAUGAAGCGCUGAAAUAUGGGGCGUUUGGGCUGCCCUCUUUCGUGGCCCACGUCAACGGCGAGCCUCAACUUCUCUUCGGUUCCGAUCGCUUGGAGCUCCUGGCAAACGUUUUGGGAGAGAAAUGGUUGGGGCCAGUGCCUGUAUCUGCCAAGCUCUAACUACAGGAAAUCGGAGGAACAGUAGUGGGGUACAGCUAAGCAAGAAGACAGACUUGGGAGCAUUGGCCGUACCAGCUUCUACGGAUUUAGCACAGGAGGGUUGAUG